AUGGCCAAUGAUUUGGAUGAGGACGGGUACAAUGACAGCAACCGCGCUUUUCUGCAGGCCUUCAUGGCCCGCUCGACGAUGACUUUCGAGGAAGCGAAGCCGGUGCUCGCAGCUAUAUUCUCGGCUCGUGAGGGUCGUGAGGUCCUUCCCGAGGAUAUCACACCGGCGGAUUUUUCAUCUUACAUUACUGCAGCGAACACUGCUAUCUCUCCUUUCGAUCUCGAAAUUCGGAGCAUGAUCGAUCAGAAACCUAAGGCAAAUCGUGACGGGACAGGACAUGCUGCCCCUGACCGUGUCUACGCACUCGUUAACACUACGAGCGACCCUCUCACCCAGCUGGCGACGACCUACACCCCGGAUGAAAUUGCGUUUGUGAAGCGGGUCCUGGAUGCCAUGUUUGAGACGUACAACACGCGGCGCUGUGAGGCUAUGGUUGUGACGGGAAUACAGGCAAUGCAGCUCGCCAGAGCUUCCGGCGAUGCGAACCGGCGAGAAUCGAAUGGCGCGGCCACGCAGGCCAGCCAGGGUGGAGCAGCGCAGUCCCUGAGUAUGUCGCAAGCAGAAACCAUGAUGAAUCGACUGGUCGAGGAGGGGUGGUUCGAGAAAAGCAGCAAAGGUUUUUACAGUCUCAGCCCGCGGGGGCUCAUGGAAUUGCGAGGAUGGCUGGUGGAGACAUACAACGACGAAGAUGAGGACGGGCACCGGGCAAAUCGGAUCAAGUUCUGCGCAGCAUGCAAAGAUAUUCUUACGGUGGGCCAACGUUGUGCCAACCGCGACUGUCCCGGGCGCCUCCAUGAUACGUGCAUGCGUAACUUCUUCCGUAUGCAACAGGCAGAGCAGUGUCCAGUGUGUAAGGCACCAUGGCCGGGUGACAAGUUCGUUGGGGAGAGGGCUAUCACGUCCUCGGAGCGGUACAUGCAGGGGAAGAGGCGGAGCCACAACAGGCUUUGUGACAGUGGUGCUGGAAGUUCUUCGCGGAAUGUCGAUGGAGCGGACGACAGCGAAGAUGAAGUGGAAGAUGCAGUCGGUUGA